AUGAUACAUUUCUUCCUUGUUUUUAAUCGCCAAGGUAAAGCCCGUCUCUCCAAAUGGUAUGAGCCACAGACAAAGAAGUCCAAAGAUAAAAUCACUCGCGAAGUCUCAAACGCCAUUUUAUCCAGACCAGCCAAUUUCUGCACAUUUAUCGAAUGGAGAGAUAGAAAACUCGUCUACAACAGAUAUGCUUCCCUUUACUUCGUCAUGUGCGUCGAUGUAAACGAUAACGAGUCAAUGAUGCUCGACGCCAUUCACUUUUACGUCGAAACACUCGAUGCAUUCUUCGGCAACGUUCGUGAAGUCGAUAUCAUCUUCGGCUUCCACUACGCUUAUAUGCUUCUCGAUGAAAUUAUUCUUGCAGGCGAAUUUGUUGAAUCAUCUCGUGUCAAUCCAAUACAAUCUCUUGUUGAUCAGCGUGAAGCUAUUCUUGCUGAGCCAGGCAAAGCAUUCGAAUUAUAA